UUCUCGGCGAUUGUCCAGGAGGGGGCCGACGAUUAAUCCAGAGUACCGAGCCAGCUUAACGUUUCUUGGUGCAGCUCUUGAGAACGCAGUUCGAAUCGGUGCGGUGAAGGAAGCGGGUGCGCAGUCUUUCACUCACUUUCCGGAAUAUAGACGGCCCGACCAACUUGUCUCCGCAGCAACCCAAAUUCCGCCUUCAUAACGUCGUUUUUCUUCCUCUACCACAGACAUACAGGCAUACAGACGAGUACCUCCCGCCAUGAGGCUGUGCGAACAAUGCGAGGAGCCAGGAAAACUGCGCUGCGGCGGCUGCCGUGAGAGCCACUAUUGCUCAAAGGAGUGCCAGGAGUUGGGUUGGUCAGUCCACAAACACCUCUGCAAGACUUUCAAAGACUUUCAUGACCGCCCUGCACCCGAAGAACCUCGUGGACGCGUCUAUCGGGCGAUAUACUUCCACCCGGAUGAGGACGUCCCACGCUUCGUAUGGCUGAAAUGCGAACGCGUAGUCCCCACUUAUCAAGACGUGUUGGCAGGAGGGUAUCUCGCCACCAACGAAGGGGAAGCCCAGCCUGACGUAUUCAUAUCUACCAACAGCCAUCCCAUCGGCAGGAAUCGGGCACUAGGCCGAAACCUCAAACACACCAUCGAGCUCGAGUUCCGCGAGGCAUUCCUGUACGACGGCUCCAAGCCCAACAAAGCCAUCCUCAAGAUUGUCGACAGAUCUUCAAAAUACUUGCAUAACUGGAAGGGCCCAAUUCUCGCUUACGGAACCGACCUUGUGCACUUCCCGUCUUCGGACCCAAAUCCACAUUAUGGUGUCGAUCUCACUCCUGUGGAUCUAAAGCAUCUCUCCGAUUAUCUUAGUACUUACCUCUGCCCCGAUCCCUUCGAUGACAGCGAGGUGCAGCAGGAGCGGAAGGCUCGACACAACGUUUUGAAAGCGGCGUUUAAAGAGGAAAUGGUGUUGGGCGUGCGUAUCAACUGCGAUGGGGAUGUCAAAGUGGACGGCCGUCCCAAGUACGAAGGCAUCAAGCUUCCUAUUUCGCAUCCCAUCUUCGGUCAGGAUCCCGUCGAUAUCUCAGACCAAGUCGGACUUUCAAUACUCGUGCGACGCGUUCCAGAUAGCGUGGAAGGAUGGGCUCGUCGGCCCGAUCAUGGUGGCUUUCGGAGACCUUGGGUGAACCAAGCUGCCACCUUCCUGCACCGAGAUCUCAACCCCAAUGCCGAGAGAGUCAAAUUCCAUAUCGAGUACACGUGCUUCACUGGAUUUGGAAUGGCGCCAAUCGAGUGGCAGAGGGGCGUGGGGGCUGUCAUGGCUAUCCGGAAAGACAAGAAGAAGCUCCAUCCGCACCACGUGGCGGCGCUUGUCGACUAUAGUCAGGUCCAUCUCACAGGGUGGUUUCAGGGUGCUCAUGAGGGUCGGAUUGCUCGGGAAGAUGCCCUUCGGCAAGUGAGCAGGGAGAAGUUCGAGCACUAUUGGAAGGAGUGGAAGGCUCGCAACAAAAGCACCCAGGUCUCGCCUUACGAGGUCUAGGGUGGCAGGUAAAAGAGAUAUGGGGAUUGGUGGUGCCGGAUGGCCUUCUAUGACGGCAAGAAACUGGGGCUAUGUCCUUUGCCGAAUGGGCUUGCUGGAAAUGCGUCACGGAAGCCCUCGGGAUAAUGCAUUCUGCUUUCGCCUUUAUCUCUCGGGAGAUAGAUACAAGGGCGGGCUCUUCCGAC